AUGGCCACUACGCAGAUGCAUCGGCCUUAUCCUCCUAUCUAUCAUACGCCCCAAUCAAGCUCACCUGCUUCAGUGGCUUCGCAGACGCACGAACAUAACAGAAGUCUCUAUACUCAAUCUCCCCAAAUGACGUCCACGAUAUAUGGCUAUCAGCAAGCUUUAUCAGGCAUUCCCGUGCAGCCCUCGCCAUAUGGGGCACAUCCCUCGCCUCAACAACAUCCUCUCACCACCCAGUCAAUGAUCAUGUCUCACCAAACAGCCACAUCCCAGCUACCGCAUCAGUCUUCCCAGGCACCAACUACUGCAUUGACUAGUCCCACUGCUGCCACUGUACAGCAGGCGACGCCUCCCCAAAGGGCGCUCUUGAACCCACCGCUUCCUGCGACCGGAGCGCCCCUCCCACCAAGCAAUGGCAGCCACCAGAGCCCAAACCUUGGGGCUAGCUCUAGCGCAGCACCGGGUCCUAUCCCAGCGACGACCCCCCUUGUUGUACGACAAGACAGUAAUGGGGUACAGUGGAUUGCCUUCGAGUACUCCCGCGAUCGCGUGAAAAUGGAAUAUACUAUUCGAUGUGAUGUUGAGUCGGUCAAUGUGGACAACCUGUCACAGGAGUUCAAGUCAGAGAACUGCGUCUAUCCUCGGGCGUGUUGCAGCAAGGACCAAUAUAGGGGGAAUCGUCUUGUUUAUGAAACCGAGUGCAAUGCCGUUGGCUGGGCACUGGCAGAGCUCAACACUACGUUGCGAGGGAAGCGUGGACUGAUCCAGCGCGCAGUUGAUAGCUGGAGAAAUAGCAAUCAAGACCCUCGACUACGAAGUCGGCGAGUGAGACGAAUGGCCAAGAUAACCCAUCGAAAACAUGGCCCACCACAGCCGCCACCUUCACACAUGGCUGCGACAGCCGCGGUUCCCCCUGGAGUUCCCAGUUCUAGCAUCACACCGGUCGGUCCACGUCCACCACUUGGACCAUUAACAGCUAUGGGACCACCGCACUUACAUCAUCACCAUGCCCAACCGGACGGACCAGGCCACGAUGAAGUUAGCGGUCCUGUCGAAUACGCGAGUGGUGCCCAUCGACCCUUACCACCGGCACCAAGCCCUAGCGCGCACUCGGCAACAGAUAUUCGCACCGCACAGGUAUUUCACGGAUACCCUGCGUUUCCGCUUCCUGCCAGCUCGCCGUCCGGACACCGAGGCCCCUCCAUUCCACCUUUGAUCCGAGAUAACGGAAUCGGGUCCUUUGGACGCCACCCAGCCGUUGCAACCUCGAGCAGGGUUGAAGAGGUAGGGGAGGAGGAUGAACAUGACCCAAACAAAGACGACCUCUUUGGGACAUUACCAGAAGGCAAGCGCCGCAAGUUUAUUCUUGUCGAUGACACUCAGAGGCCUGGCUGUCGUGUCCGCGUCAAAGUCAUGCUAGAUCAGGUGGACAUGGACGAGAUCCCUGAUUCCUACCGCAUGUCCAACUCUGUAUACCCACGCACUUACUUUCCCGUCCAGAUGAAGACUCCUCGGGGCCAAGUGCUUCCUGGAGACCGGUACAUCAAGGACGAUACCGAGGCCAAUGACGUUGACGAUGAUGAGGGGGCCACGGUAGGAAGAAUCAUGGUUCCCGCUCCGCAGGUCGAAGAUGACAGCGAGAUAGCUGUCCCGAGGAUCUCCCGAGGCAGACAUAGGAAGGAGGUACUAUUGAAUGAUCUAGGCUACCGGAUGAGCUGGAGCCAGAGCAGAGUAUUCUCUGGACGCAUGCUAUUCCUUCAACGAUCUUUGGACGCGUACCGGAACAAGAUGCGCAGCACAAUGCUCGCCGCUGGCCAAGAAGCUGGCUCAAUUCCACCACAUUUCGAAACCCGUUCAGGAAAGCGACAAUUUCUUGAGCGCAGGAAACGGGCAACUAUGUCCCGCGAAGGCGGGCAUACCGUUUCUGCUUCUCAGCAUGAUGCCGAAGAAGUCGAGCCCUAG